AACAAAUCCCGCCCCCCGACAAUUCCAGAUUUUAACCAGAAAUGAAUAUAAUUAAGGACCGUAUCUCCGUGACCAAACAGUGAACAUCGUCUUCCAUUUUUUUUUAAAUUUAUUUUUUUCUUUUUUCAUUUAUCUCUCCUUCUUUUCGUCUGCAAGAGAAAGCGAGUUACCAGUUCAGUGUCUCAGUCCACUGUGUCACCGCUAGCGAUCUUGAAACCAUGGAAUCGUUCCCGAGUCUAACCGUGACUCAGCGCGAUCAGAUAUUGGUUGAGCAACGAGUCUUCAACAAAUACAAAGCUUUCUACGAUAUGCCUCCCAGCUCCCAGUCCUUCAUGUUGGAGCUUCAACGGGAAAAUCACGUGGAGUACUUAACAAACGGAUUAAAACAUCUCGGUCCUUCUUUCUGUGUAUUAGAUGCUAAUCGGCCUUGGCUUUGUUAUUGGAUUAUUCAUUCGAUUGCUUUAAUGGAUGAGUUUGUAGAUCCUGAAUUGGAAGAUAAUACUAUUGAUUUUCUUAGUCGUUGUCAGGAUCCAAAUGGUGGGUAUGGUGGCGGACCUGGACAGAUGCCUCAUCUUGCAACAACAUAUGCUGCAGUCAAUUCACUUGUUACGUUGGGUGGUGACAAAGCUUUGUGUUCAAUUAAUAGAGAAAAACUGUACACAUUUUUGCGGCGAAUGAAAGACCCUAACGGGGCCUUCAGAAUGCAUGAUGGUGGAGAAAUUGAUGUUCGAGCAUGUUAUACAGCCAUCUCAGUUGCUAGCCUCCUGAAUAUUUUGGAUGAUGAUCUUGUUCAAGAUGUUGGCAAUUACGUCGUAAGUUGUCAGACUUAUGAAGGGGGCAUUGCCGGGGAACCUGGUUCUGAAGCUCAUGGAGGGUACACCUUUUGUGGGCUGGCUACAAUGAUUCUAAUCAAUGAGGUUGAUCGUCUGGAUUUGUCUAGCUUAAUUGAUUGGGUGGUUUUCAGACAAGGAGUGGAGGGUGGAUUUCAGGGUAGAACUAAUAAACUGGUUGAUGGUUGUUACUCCUUCUGGCAGGGAGGUGUAUUUGCAUUAUUAAAAAGAUUACAGUCAACUAAGGGGGAACAAUCGGUUUCGGUGGGUGAUGGAGAAGAUAGUGGUGCUCGAAGUCAACAAACUACUGCAUCAUCAGAUGCAACAGGAGAAGAAGGUUUGAACAAGGAUUCAUCUCAGGCUGGCAGCCAUUUUGAGCAGGGAGAGCCACAUGAUACUUCCUGUCAAGAAGUUGUUGAAAAUAUUGAUCAUAAUUCUAGCAAGAGGCGUGCAAAAGUGGAGCCUCUUUUCAAUUGUUUGGCCUUGCAGCAAUACAUUCUUUUAUGCGCACAGGAGCCUGGUGGUGGACUCAGAGACAAACCUGGCAAGUCUAGAGACCAUUACCACACAUGUUACUGUCUAAGCGGCCUUUCAGUGUGUCAACAUAGCUGGUCAGAAGAUGAGGAUUCUCCGCCCUUGCCCCAUGCCAUAUUAGGUUCAUAUUCCAAUCUUCUGGAACCCAUCCAUCCCCUCUACAAUGUUGUAUUCGAUCGCUACCAGGAAGCACAUGAGUUCUUUUCAAGGUCCUAAGCAAAUCUACUGUCUUAUGAAAUGAGUGAUAGAUACUAAUUAAUGACAAUUUAUGAAGUGAGAGAAACAUUCUGCUUAUAUUAGGCACUUUGCAACAUUCAGAGUUUGUAUGAAUGCUUUUGUUGAGUGUCACUUAGGUUGAAGCUGGAAGCACUGAUUCUUAAGGGUGCUCCCUUCCAUUAGUAGUCCCACCCAAGUCUUGUUCCCUUUGUCAACCAUGCAUCCUAUUGGUCGAUGUCAAAGUAGGGUUCCAUAAGGAAAAACAUCCAUAAGGAAUUAAAGAAUUUAUAAGUUUUAGUAA